GAGAUAAUCAGCUAUAAAGAUAAGAAAUAAAAAAAAAUCAUGGCUGAUAAACAAAAAACACUGUUCUGUGGCGAUGUAAACGGCAACUUUAAUUCCUUGUUUGCCCGCGUCGAAAGUAUUGUUAAAAAGUCAGGAGCUUUUGAUGUUCUGCUGUGCGUUGGAAAUUUUUUCGGCGACGAUAAUUCGCAGUUAGAUGCCUAUCGCAUGAGGACGAGAAAAGUACCAGUAACUACAUAUGUUUUUGGACCUAGUGAUCCCAAUCAUGUUAAAUACUAUGGCGAGGAAGGGUCAGAAAUAGUACCAAAUGUUAUUUACAUGGGUAGAAGAGGCAUAUUCACAACCAGUGCUGAUGUAAAGAUAGCAUAUUUAACUGGCCUGUCAAGAAGAGAGUUGGGUAAGGAAAUACCAUCUUGUACUUUUGAGCCGAGUGACUGUAAUGCGGUGCGAGAUGCCUGCUAUAGAGCUCAAAGUGAAUAUAGAGGGAUUGAUGUACUUAUUACUACAUUGUGGCCCAUGGGUAUACAGCAGGAUGAGUGUCAGAAGGUAAAUGUUGAAGAAGAGAGAUUAUCAAAUUUAAUAGCAUGGCUUUCUAUCCAUGUGAAACCAAGGUACCAUUUGGUGCCAUCACCGGAUAAGCAUUUUGAGAGACAACCCUAUAGAAACCAAGCUGUCCACCAAGAUUACAGAGAGUGCGCAACAAGAUUCAUAGCACUAGCUCCGGUAGGGAACAAGGCUAAAGAGAAGUGGAUAUACGCCUGCUCAUUACAACCUAUAACUAAAAUGCGAAUGACGGACUUAUUGCAAGGCACAAUUGACGAGACUGAGUGUCCGUUUAAUCCUGAGUUGUUGAAGCAACACCAGCCUGGAAAGGUUGUUCAGAUAUCUGGAAAUGGGCAAUUCUUCUUCAAUAUAGACGCAGGAGAUGAUGACAGUGGCAAAAGAAAAAGGAAAUUCGGAGACAACCCUGAAAGGAAAAGAAGGGAAAUUGAUCCAGAUUCAUGUUGGUUCUGCUUAUCAUCGCCAACGGUAGAGAAGCACCUGGUUAUAUGUGUGGGUCGACAUUGUUACCUCGCUCUACCCAAGGGCCCGCUCACACCGUACCAUGUGCUUAUACUGCCUAUAGCGCAUCAUCAGUCCGUGACUAAGUCCCCAGAAGAAGUGAUAAAAGAAAUAAAAAUGUUCAAGGAUGCAUUGAAAAAGUUUUACACUUCCCUGGGCAAAGCCAGUGUUUUCUUUGAGAGGAACUUUAAAUCGUCUCACAUGCAGAUACAGUGUGUACCCGUGCCAAUGGAAUCCGAAUCGCAGAUACUUGAAGUAUUUCAGGAUGAAGCCGGCAUAAACCGGAUAGAACUAGAAGUGCUGCCCCCAUACACGGAGAUAGCGCAAGUGACUCUCCCCGGCGCGCCGUACUUCCACGCGGAGUUGCCCUCCGGCGACCAGAUAUAUGCAAAGACGAAACAACACUUUCCGCUGCAGUUUGGCCGUGACGUACUAUCCAGUCCGCCGAUACUGAACUGCGAGGACAAAGCGGACUGGCGCCAGUGCCUGCUGUCCCGCGACGAAGAGGACGCGCACGUGGCGGCGUUCCGCAAACAGUUCCGCCCGUACGACUUCACCGCGGACGAUGAUAGCGAUAGCGAUUAGUUUGAAAAUGGAACGUGACGUCAUUGUGUUUUUUUUUGUGCCCAGGAUGUGUCAUUAGAAAAUGGAAUUUGUGGUGUCAUAAUGGAUUUGCUAUUUUGUGUGGCCAGGAUGAGAGGAUAGUGAUCAGAUUUGAAAAUGGAAUUCGUGACGUCAUUAUGGAUUUGCUAUUUUUUGUGUGGCCAGAAUGUGAGAUAACGAUUAGGUAUUUCUUUGGAAAUGGAAUUUGUCAAAUUUUAUUUUAUUGAUGUGGCAAGGCUUGUGCGGGAUGUAGCGAUGUCUCUUUCUCAAUGUGAUUUAUUAUUAUUCUACAAUCUACUGUAUAAAACAUUGCAUAAUGUGUGAGUGUAGGUUACUAUCAUUCACACAGGGUAAAUUUUAAUGCAAUAGUAAGUAAUUAGGUAUAUUUUGAGUGCUAUGCUAUCAUUAUUGUACGACAAUUGACAAGGCUUAUGUAUCUUUAAUUAAAUAAAUUUGUAUGCAUAUUGCAUUUAGAAUGAUUUGAAAUUUGAAUGUAUUUUAAUCUUAACUUGUAAACUACGACCGGUUCGACUCCCAGAGAAAAUGGUUAUGGAAGUGUUAUUACUUAAUGACAGUAAAAUAAUCUUAAUGAAACAUGAAAUGUAUAAUAUGGAACACGCUGUGUGUGUGCGUGUGUGGAUGAAGUACGUCUAUUAUGUGAAUUCUUCAUUUAUUUAUAAUUUUACAUUUUAUUUCAAAAUGAACCCUACAAUUAUAAAAUUGAAUAGGUUAAGAUAGUGUAAUAAAGUUGCAAUGUUAUUAGGAACAUUAUUAUUUUAAGAUGUAUGUAAGUAAAUAUGUAAAUACAGGUAAAUAAAACAAAAUAGUUCAAUUAAA